AAUACCUUCUCCAUCACAAGUUCACAACAACCAAGUAAGUUGAAAAGCAGAGGCAAAAAUGGCAACUUCAGCAAUCCAACAAUCUGCUUUUGCCGGUCAGGCAGCCCUCAAGCCACAGAAUGAGCUUGCCCGCAAGGUCGGCAACGUCGGCGGCGGCCGCUUCACCAUGAGGCGUACCGUCAGGAGCGCCCCCCAAAGUAUCUGGUACGGACCGGACAGGCCCAAAUACUUGGGCCCAUUCUCGGAGCAGACCCCAUCGUACCUCACUGGGGAAUUCCCCGGUGACUACGGGUGGGACACUGCAGGGCUCUCGGCCGAUCCCGAGACCUUUGCUAGGAACCGGGAGCUAGAAGUGAUCCACUCGCGCUGGGCCAUGCUUGGCGCAUUGGGCUGCGUCUUCCCCGAACUUCUCUCCAAGAAUGGAGUUACGUUCGGAGAGGCAGUCUGGUUCAAGGCCGGGUCCCAAAUCUUCUCCGAGGGCGGGCUUGACUACUUGGGCAACCCUAACUUGAUCCACGCACAGAGCAUCCUGGCUAUCUGGGCCAGCCAGGUCGUCCUUAUGGGCUUAAUCGAGGGAUACAGAGUCGGAGGAGGCCCACUCGGAGAAGGCCUCGACAAGGUCUACCCCGGUGGGGCCUUCGACCCAUUGGGCCUAGCCGAUGACCCAGAGGCAUUUGCUGAACUAAAGGUGAAGGAGCUCAAGAAUGGAAGAUUGGCCAUGUUUUCCAUGUUCGGAUUCUUUGUUCAAGCCAUUGUGACCGGAAAAGGCCCAAUUGAGAACCUCUAUGAUCAUUUGGCUGAUCCAGUUGCCAACAAUGCUUGGGCCUUUGCCACUAACUUUGUCCCUGGCAAAUGAGCACACUUGUGUUGUAAACUAUGGAGCAUGUGUUGUACCUUUAAUCUAAUGAGUGAAUAUGUUUUGUGCUCUUAAA